UACAUGUAGGGGGGCGGGGUCAUAAAAACGUGUUCAUCAUCUUCAGUUUCAGUCUGAGUUCAGCUUGUGUGUGUCGGCUGGAAGUCCUCGCAGUUUGUGUUUUACGUCAGUAUUUUAACAGAUAAGCUCGCGGGUGUGUGUGUGUCACUCGAGCACUCGCGAAGUUUAGUUUUAUUGACAGCGCCAUCUUAACUUUUUAUCCGCUCUUUCCCCGGCGUGUAUUCCUCGCUUUUCUGCAGCGUUUGGAGGAUGUUGAAGAAUAAAGGACAAACCGCUCAUCCGUUCAUCCAUGAGGUCAAUCUGACCGCUCUCCAGCGCAUUCAGGGACUCGUUUUGGGUGUGUUUCUGUUUCCUGUGCGCAUCACUCUCGCCGUGCUCUUCUUCCUGCUGAUGUGGCCCAUAGCUCGUCUGCGAUUGGCUGGUCUGCCGGAGUCGCGGCGGGCGGAGCCGGUGCGGGGCUGGCGCCGCUGGCUCUUCCACCACGUCAUGGUGUUCCUGAGCCGCGCCGUCUUCUUCUGCGUGGGCUUCCUGUGGGUCAGGGUCAAAGGUCGGCAGGCGGGGCUGAAGGAGGCGCCGGUGUUAGCCGUAGCGCCGCACAGCAGCUUUCUGGAUAUGCUAGUGCUCAGUGUGACCGGGCUGCCCAUCGUCGUGUCCCGCUCCGAGAACGCCAAACUGCCUGUGAUUGGAGGUGAGGGUUAUACUAUAAUACACUGAGGCAGUCAUUCAGUAGAGUUUAUUACCGACACACACUUUUAUUUGUACAGGUUAUGUUCAACCUUCAUUCUGGCUAAAUUCUGGUUAUGUUCAAGCCAUGUUAAAGCUUUGUUCUGGCUAUAUAAAGUUAUGUUUAGGCUAUGUUUAAUCUGUUAACUUUGUUCCAGCUAUGUUCUUGUUAUGUUUAAGCUAAUUUCAAGCUGUGUUCUGCAUCUAUUCUGGUUAUAUUCAGGUUGUUUUCUGGUUAUGAUUAGGCUGUGUCCCGGCUAUAUUCUGAUUAAGUUCAAGCCUUGUUAAAUCGGUGUUUCAGUUAUAAUCUGGAUAUAUUCUGGUUGCGUUCAAGCUUAAAGCUUUGUUCUGGCUAUGUUCAAGGUAUGU